AUGCACGCGACUGUAUACACUGGGCUCCUUUGCGCCUUAGCUGCCCCGGCACUGGGUGCGGUCUGGGAGAGUCUGCCUGCGGGCGUCCCUGCGACCUGGUCUCAUGUCAACACUCCGUCGGGCGACUCGUCCAUUGGGCUUUCCAUUGCCUUGAGCCGGAAGAACCUCGACCAAUUGGAGACCGUCUUGCGUGAGGUGUCGACUCCUGGCCAUCCCAAGUACGGUCAAUGGCUUGAUAAGGAUGAUGUGGAUUCUCAAUUCCCCGUUGUCGACGACGCUCCCGUUGUGAGUUGGUUGAAGGAGGCUGGAAUCACGAGCUUCGCCCGCGAUGGUGCCCUGCUGAACUUCACCGGCAGCGUGGAGAAGGUCAACAAACUGCUGGACACCCAGUUCGCCUACUACCAGAACGGCGACUCCGUGAAGCUGCGCACUACCCAGUACUCCAUUCCGGAUGAUCUGGCUGAUCACAUUGACCUGAUCUCCCCCACCGUCUACUUCGGCAAGUCCCGUGGUGCUGUGCCCAAGGUCGCUAAGACCAAGCAGAUUCGCAGGGCUUCCAACACCGGCGUCUCGCCUGCGUGUGCCUCGGCCAUCACUCCCCAGUGUGUGAAGGAGAUGUACAACGUGGGCAACUACACCCCCAAGGUGGAGGCCGGCAGCCGUAUUGCUUUUGGCAGUUUCCUGAACCAGUCUGCUUCGCAGUCUGACCUCAAGGAGUUUGCUGCUUUGUUCAACAUCCCCGAGCAAAGCUUUACAGUUGAGACUCUGUUUGGAGGCGUGGACAACCAGAACGCUCCUGAGUCAGAUCUUACGGAGGCCGACCUGGACGUGCAGCUCAUUCUCGGAGUUUCGCACCCGCUUCCUAUCCACGAAUUCGUCGUUGGUGGUGUUGCUCCCUUUAUCCCCAAUGCCGAUGAGCCCACACAAGCAGAUGAUGAGAAUGAGCCUUAUCUUCCUUACUACUCUUACUUGCUCUCCAAGACGAACGCCGAGAUCCCCCAGGUCAUCUCCAACUCUUACGGUGAUGACGAGCAGACCGUUCCCAUCAAGUACGCUAAGCUUGUUUGUAACUUGAUUGGUCUGAACACUGUCCGUGGGCGUACUAUCAUCCACUCUUCUGGUGACGAGGGCGUCGGAUCAGCCUGUCAGUCUCGCGAUGGCAAGACCCCUCAGUUCAACCCCAUCUUCCCAGCCACUUGCCCCUACGUCACUGCCGUUGGUGGUACCUCCGCUGUCAGCCCUGAAGUUGCGUGGAAUGCCUCGUCUGGUGGUUUCUCUAGUAUCUUCCCUCGUGCCUGGUUCCAGGAGGGUGCUAUCCCCGCCUACCUCGCUGGUAUCAGCACCGAGACCAAGGAAUACUACGGGAAGUAUACCGAUUUCGGUGGCCGUGGAUUCCCUGAUGUCUCCGCCCACAGCUUGUACCCCGCCUACGAGGUUAUCUACGUCGGCAAGAAGGCUGGGUCCGGUGGUACUUCCGCCGCUGCGCCUACUGUUGCCGGUAUCAUUGGUCUUCUGAAUGAUGCUCGUCUGCGCGCUGGCAAGCCUGUCUUGGGCUACCUCAACCCUUUCCUGUACUCUCUUGGCUACAAGGCUCUGAACGACAUUGUCGAGGGCGGCUCCUACGGCUGCGGCGGCAUUGACCCUCAGAGCGACCAGGAGGUUCCUGGUGCCCUGGUCAUCCCGGGAGCACACUGGAACGCGACUGUGGGCUGGGACCCCGUCACUGGCCUUGGUACACCCAACUUCCAGAAGCUGAAGGAGCUCGUCCUUUCUCUGUAA